GAAGCAGACGUUCAAAACUUCCAAACCCACCUUUCUGGAAAUCCACCCAAAACCUCCCUCUGACACCAUGGUCAACUCCUGUUGUGGCUCCGUCUGCUCUGAGCAGGGCUGUGGCCAGGAGACUUGUUGCCGCCCCAGCUGCUGCCAGACCACCUGCUGCAGGACCACCUGCUGUCGCCCCAGCUGCUGUGGCUCCAGCUGCUGCCAGCCUUGCUGCCGCCCCAGCUGCUGCCAGACCACCUGCUGCAGGACCACCUGCUGUCGCCCCAGCUGCUGUGGCUCCAGCUGCUGCCAGCCUUGCUGCCGCCCCACCUGCUGCCAGACCACCUGCUGCAGGACCACUUGCUGCCGCCCCAGCUGCUGUGGUUCCAGCUGCUGUGGUUCCAGCUGCUGCCGCCCCAGCUGCUGCAUCUCUAGCUGCUGCCGCCCCUGCUGUGGGGGUUCCAGCUGCUGUGGCUCCAGCUGCUGCCAGCCUUGCUGCCGCCCCACCUGCUGCCAGACCACCUGCUGCCGGACCACCUGCUGCCGCCCCAGCUGCUGUGUGUCCAGCUGCUGCCGCCCCUGCUGUGGGGGCUCCAGCGGCUGUGGCUCGAAUUGCUGUGGCUCCAGCUGCUGCCAGCCUUGCUGCCGCCCCACCUGCUGCCAGACCACCUGCUGCCGGACCACCUGCUGCCGCCCCACCUGCUGUGUGUCCAGCUGCUGCCGCCCCUGCUGUGGGGGCUCCAGCGGCUGUGGCUCGAAUUGCUGUGGCUCCAGCUGCUGCCAGCCUUGCUGCCGCCCCACCUGCUGCCAGACCACCUGCUGCCGGACCACCUGCUGCCGCCCCACCUGCUGUGUGUCCAGCUGCUGCCGCCCCAGCUGUUGCUAGACCCCCUGCCACCACCCCCCCCACCUGCUCUAGUGGCUCUUGCUGCUGCUGAGUGCCCUGACCUGCACCCUGCUGUUUUCAUCAGCCAAUCUCCUUCAUGUCGCAGUCCAACUGGGAGCUGAAUCAUGUGAGGCCAACUGUAAAACCUCAGUUCCCAGUGAUUUUUCAACCGCUUGGCCUUGGAAUAUACCUCCCUACCGCCCACUCCCUCCUCACCGCCUUGUUACUAACUCCACCCCAAAUCACUACAAAGAUUGUAUUAUCUGAUAUAUGUUAACAUGCCAUUCUGAUUGAUGUAUCAGCUACUGCCAGAUUUUCUGAUAUGGAGAUGUUUCUGUGUGUCAAAUAAAUCUUGAUUUUCCAGGCAUAAAUAUAA